AAGGCUGGGCCCUGGGCGGGUCCUGCUUCAGGGACGGCCUGCACGCACUGCGUCUGCGCGAGUCGAGGGCGGCGGCCCAGGCUCCUGGUAGGGAUCGUCUGCCCCUCUGCGGUGUAGGAGCAGAAUUCAGCGGAGAAACGCGGCCGAGGAGUGCAGGGGCUAUGAAGUAAGGAAGCAGCAGUUAUGCGGCUGAGCCUCGGAGAGCCAUGGCAACCCCAGGCGACUGCCCCAGGCGUGAAUCGCAGGAGGAAGAAGCCCUGGAGGGUGUCCAGGCGCAGUGCCUGCAGGAGGGCCCGCAGCCGGAGGAGUUUGUGGCCAUUGCCGACUACGCUGCCACUGAUGCGACCCAGCUCAGUUUUUUAAGAGGAGAAAAAAUUCUUAUCCUGAGACAAACCACAGCCGACUGGUGGUGGGGCGAGCGGGCGGGCUGCUGCGGGUACAUCCCUGCGAACCACGUGGGCAGGCAGGUGGCCGAGUACGACCCCGAGGACACGUGGCAGGACGAGGAAUACUUCGGCAGCUACGGAACCCUGAAACUUCACUUGGAGAUGUUGGCAGACCAGCCGCGGACAACCAAGUACCACAGCGUCAUCCUGCAGAACAGGGAGUCCCUGAAGGACAAGGUCAUCCUGGAUGUGGGCUGCGGCACCGGGAUCAUCAGCCUCUUCUGUGCACACCACGCACGACCCAAGGCGGUGUACGCUGUGGAGGCCAGCGAGAUGGCGCAGCACACCGGCCAGUUGGUCCUGCAGAACGGCUUUGCCGACACCAUCACCGUGUUCCAGCAGAAGGUGGAGGAUGUGGUGCUGCCCGAGAAGGUGGAUGUGCUGGUGUCUGAGUGGAUGGGCACCUGCCUGCUGUUUGAGUUCAUGAUCGAGUCCAUCCUGUACGCCCGGGACGCCUGGCUGAAGGAGGACGGGGUCAUCUGGCCGACCACGGCUGCGCUGCACCUGGUGCCCUGCAGUGCCGACAAGGACUACCACAGCAAGGUGCUCUUCUGGGACAACGCCUACGAGUUCAACCUCAGCGCACUCAAGUCUUUAGCAAUCAAGGAGUUUUUUUCGAAGCCCAAGUAUAACCACAUCCUGAAGCCAGAAGACUGUCUGUCUGAACCGUGCACCAUACUGCAGCUGGACAUGAGAACCGUGCAAGUCUCUGACCUAGAGACCAUGCGUGGUGAGUUGCGCUUUGAAAUCCAGAAGGCGGGCACCCUUCACGGCUUCACAGCCUGGUUCAGUGUGCACUUCCAGAGCCUGGAGGAGGGCCAGCCCCAGCAGGUGCUCAGCACAGGCCCACUGCACCCCACCACACACUGGAAGCAGACCUUGUUCAUGAUGGACGACCCAGUCCCAGUCCACUCGGGAGACAUGGUCACAGGGUCCAUCGUACUGCAGAGAAACCCCGUGUGGAGGAGGCACAUGUCCGUCACGCUGAGCUGGGCCGUGGCCUCCAGAGAAGACCCCACGUCUCAAACAGUUGGGGAGAAGGUCUUUCCAAUCUGGAGAUGACGGUGGACGGUGGGCAGCGGUGCCCCAGGAGGGGCUGGCACGCACCUGCAGCAGCACCUGCCCUCCCGCCCCACACCUGGCUGGCUCCCACCCCUCCCGGCACCGCGGGGGUCCCGGGCCUUCACUGCCAACGCGUGGGCUUGGCGCCUUGCCUGCCUCCCGACGCCCCUCUAGAGUAGGUGUGUCUCCAGGUGUUCACCCCAUGGUGCCCAGAGCCGCCCUGGGCGGCGGCCAUGCUCCCAGCUAGGUGUAGUUCUAGACUCCUCGGUCGCACGCAUGCCAGCUGUGUACCCUGUGACGGUGACCUGUACCCUGUGACCGUGACGUUCACCGUGGUGUCCGGGGCGCCCUGCGUCCCCCUCAGGCACCACACUUGCGGAUGGGGUGUGGCCUGCCAUGGGCCCAGGCCGUGCCUGGCAGGCGGUGUGACUGUGACUGCAUGGGACCUGUGUGCAGGUGUCUUCCAGGUGACCGUGUCGGACGCGGAACCUGCUCAAUAAAUCUUUUCUAAUGAAAAGCCGUGUCCUGCCGCUUCUCAAGCCUGAGGUCCUCCGCGCUCUGGCUCGUAACUGCGGCAGUCGCUGCAUCUGUGGUCUGUCUCUGUGUUGUCCCGAGGUCUGGUAAGAUUCUGUUCUAUGCCGGAAGGUUUCAGGGUGUCCCGAGUGUGCAGGGAUGAGCCUCCGCGAGUGCCGCCUAACCAGGAGCCAGCAGCCCGGGCUCCGCCCCUCCCUGGCCCCGAGUGGACGCGUGGCAUCUCGUGCCACCCUCGAGCAUCGCCUCCUCCAGGCCUGAGGCCAGUGCUGGAGUCGUGCACCGCGACCCUCCUGCGAGGGUCCCCUUGAUGUGUGCCACCCUCCCUGGGGUCUGCUGGUGGCAUGUGGGUGUCCCAGCGCGCAGCCCCUAGGGCUCCUCUGAUGUCGCCACCUCAGGUAUAGGGCCCUGCACGGUGACCCGCCCACUGCGACUCCCUCCACAGGUCUGGUGUGUGUGCAGCUUUGAGGUGAGUUUUCCUGGCGGCUGUGUCACUGGGUCGCCCAGCUGCCGGGAGCCCUCACCUCCACCAUCUGCUCGGCUCCCACCCUGUAGCUUGGCUCUCCCAACAGGCACCACUACCCCUGUCCUCUUGAUCUUCCGCACCUGGAACCAACCCGCCUGCACUGGGGUUCAGGUGGGAGGACGCCUGUGGGAGGGGCUGUGGAGAGCAGUGACUGGGAUCAGGGUCUCUGAUGCCCUCGUGGCUGUGCCAUGCCCGGUUCCUGGGAAUGUUCCUGUGCAAGGGCUCAGGACACCUAGCUGCUGUGGCAAUGCCCUGCGUGAGGAGGCUCUGUGCAAGAGUCCUACCAGCUCUGACCUUGAUCUCAGGAAGGAAGGAACUCUUAUGCUAGAAACCACAUGUUUCACCAGCUCCCUUCUCCAGUUCCCGCCCGCCUUGCAGUAACUUUAAACAGUGGACUUUCUUGAGAGCUACCCAGAGCUCCUAACUUUGCACUUUGCAACUGUGGAAAAGCUGCAUAGGACGUCCUAGUUCCUGUAACUUUCCUGAAUACAAAGAAUAAUGGUUGCAC